GUUUGGCAGCUAUGGCUUGGCCUCGUGUGCAGCUGGUUGUCACAGCUGAUGACUUUGGUUACUGCCCGCGGCGCGAUAAGGGCAUCGUGGAGGCCUUCCUGGCAGGAACUGUGACCAGCGUGUCACUGCUGGCCAACGGCACAGCCGCAGAGAGCGCGGCCGAGCUGGCCCGCAGGCACAGCAUUCCCACGGGCCUCCACGCCAACCUGACUGAGGGCCGUCCUGUGGGUCCCGCCCGGCACACCGCCUCGUCGCUCCUCAGCUCAGAAGGCUUCUUUCUUGGGAAGAUGGGAUUUCGGAAGGCCUUAGAGGCUGGAGACGUUGCUUUGCCUGAGGUGCGGGAGGAACUAGAAGCUCAACUCAACCGCUUCCGGGAGUUGUUGGGCAGGUCCCCCACGCACGUGGACGGGCACCAGCACGUGCACGUGCUCCCAGGUGUUCGCCGAGGCCCUGCAGGCGUUCGGGGUGCGUUUCACGCGGCUGCCAGUGGAACGCGGCGUGGGCAGCUGCUCGUGGCUGGAAGCACCAGCGCGUGCCUUCGCCUGCGCUGUGGAGAGCGAUGCCCGGGCCGCCAUGGGCCCCUUCUCCCGCCACGGCCUGCGGUGAGCACCGCCCUCCCCCACCCCAUCCAACCCUGCCGGGUCCCCAAAGGUCCAAAGUUAGGAACUGAUCUGCUGUCCUGCUUCACCCUCUGCCUAGCCCUGCCGGUCCUCAGGCAACACCUCUAUCCUGGCACUCACAGGUGGACCGAUGCCUUUGUGGGCCUGAGCACUUGUGGCCGGCACAUGUCUGCUCACCGAGUCUUGGCGUCACUGGCGCGGGCCCUGGAAGAUAUCCCUGCUGGCCGCCCCCUGACUGCCGAACUGAUGGCACACCCAGGAUACCCCAGUGUGCCUCCAGCAGGGGGCUGCGGUGAGGGCCCCGAUGCUUUCUCUUGUUCUUGGGAGCGGCUGCAUGAGCUGCAUGUCCUCACGGCACCUACCCUGCGGGCUCGGCUGGCCCAGAAUGGUGUGCAGCUCUGCGCCAUAGACGACCUGGAUUCCAAAAGGCCGGGGGAAGGGGUUCCCUGUGAGGCAACUCUGGAGCCCUUCCUGAAGCCUUCCCCACCCUGACACCAAAGGCCAGCUACGAACUGCCUCUCACUGUGGAGGAAGGCCAGGGCUAAAGCCUGGAACCAGGUCUUAUAGCAGGGUCUGGCUUACAGAGUGACAAGUCACUAAACCAGGUCCUUGCGACUGAGUAGUAUUGGGCAGCCCUGCCUGCAGACAGGCAGGGCUAGUCAGAGACAUCUGGACUUAGGGUCUGAUGAGCAUUUGGUGCCAAUUCAUGUGCAAGUUACAACCACUUGUUCAGUGGAGCAGUGGAGAAAUGUUGGUGUGUUAAUAAAAUAAUGUCUUUCAGAUUUGGCUGAUUUAUAAAGUGUCCAGGUAUCCUUCGCAGAAAUAUUAGGCACAGAGAGGCUCAGACCAAGAUAUCAAAAAUGGGCCGGGCCGUGGUGACGCACACCUUUAAUUCCAGCACUUGGGAGGCAGAGGCAGGCGGAUCUCUGUGA